UAUUGACAAGAAUUAGAUUACGUAAAGCUUUUUAUAAUCCUUCCAAUGUACAUUUGAUCUAUUACAGUCAUUCUUUAACUAUAUUGCAGGCUCGGGCUGACGAUUAAACUACAAAAUGGCUCGAACAGAAGGAUCAAGUGCUAGUGGAUCUGGUGGAGGUGGUGACAAGAGGCUAAGCUCUCGUGAUUUGAAAGCCUUAAAUAUCAAAGUAAAGAAAAAGGAGCAGCAGUUAGUCAGUCUCCUGGCGUACUUUAUUGUUAUCAUACAUUGUGCACUAGUAGUCAGCCUAACUACUAUAACCAGACUAUCACUCUGGAUAUUGGAAGUGCAUGCUGAGAACACAAGGCGCACAGAAGGAAGAACUGAAGAUGGCCACAUUAGAUUGAGUUCAGAUCAAGAGGACCCCGAGGCGAUCAUCGUGUCAGAGGAAGAACGCAACAGUGAUAACCAGAUGGUGGUGAGCGAGAUGGGAGUGAUGUCCCCAGAGACAUCAGAUUCAACCCCACUAGUGGAAACUGCACGACCAAAUAACGGGCCCAUUGAAGAUACUGACACAUCAUCUGUUGAAAUGUCAGCAAAAGAUCUCUGCUUGGGGGCUAUAGUACACCCAGAAAGAGUGCCCAUUGAAGAUACUGACACAUCAUCUAAUGAAAUGUCAAGUACAGCAGAAGAUCUCUGCUUGGGGGCUACAGUACAACCCAAAAGAGUGCCUAUUGAACAUACUGACACACCAUCUAAUGAAAUGUCAAGUACAGCAGAAGAUCUCUGCUUGGGGGCUACAGUACAACCUGAAAGAGUGCCCAUUGAAGAUACUGAAACAACAUCUGAUAAAAUGGAAUGUAAAGCAAAACAUCUUUGUAUGGGGGUACUCGUAAAUCCAGAUAAUGUCCCUGUUGAAGAUACUGACACAUCAUCUAAUGAAAUGCCUUGUACAGCAAAAGAUAUCAGUUUAGGGGCUACCAUACAUCCAUAUAAGAUUCCAAUAAAAGAUACUGAAACAACGUCUACUGAAAUGGGGGCAAUCGCAAAGCCAAUUAAUGUCCCUGUUGAAGAUACUGAAACUUCAUCGAAUGAUAUGGCUUGUACAAAAGCAAAGGCUUUAACUGAAGGAAAGAGAAGCUCUAAUGCUCCUUGGUCAGGCAAAAUGAUUGGCAGUGCAACACCUCUGAGAAAAAGGCCACCAGAUAAAGUGAAAGAGGAAUGUUCACCAAGUCCAACGUUUACUUAUGGAUUAAACAAGAGCCAAGAAGUGAAGAGUUAUUGUGAACUAGAAGAGGGGACAACCCAUGAAAGAACCCACAUUCAAGCACAAGCCAGAGGAGAACAUGAAAGAAUUGCCCCUGACAUAGGUACAGCAGUAAACUGUACAACAGUAGAAACUGAUGACUCCAAAGAGAAAGAGGUCACCAGUGAACAGACUAAUAACAAUCCAAAUCGCACGUCUAACGCAGAGAUGACCACAAGUGACCAAAAGCAGGAGAGUGCUAGUUCACAAGAUGUAGAUUUGAAGAAUAUCACUAAAAGAGCAGCUAAUAAUGAAAAAAGAGAGGGUUAAAAGGCUGAAUCUGAUGUUCAAAACAGUCGUCAACAUUCGAAACUUGUCAGUAAAUGUUGUGCAGAUGAAGUUACAAGCAAGUAGAUGUUUCCAGACAUUUCGUUUUAGUAUACCUUUCAAUUUAUUUUGUAAACAGCUAAAGGUGGAAGGGUGGUCUAUAAAAAAAAGGAUUUAAAAUAUAAUGGAAAUAAUUAAGAAUUCAAUAUUUGCCCUAAAUAUUUUUUAGCUUGAAUAAAGUGUUAAUUACAGUCUAAUACAUGAAAUUUAUAAUACAAAUAACUUCUAGGCAGCUUUUAGAACAUGGUUUUGUAUGGCCCGUAAUAAUAUACAAGUGUUAUAAAGUAAUAUAUCUCAAAUUCCUUUACUUUAAAAAACAGUUGAAACUUAAUUUAAUAAUUAACUUAUUUAUAAGAGACAAAAAAAAAAGAAAUAAAAAAAAAACAAGGUUACAAAGUUAAUUUGUGUGGAAAAACAAACUCAAAAUCAGCCCCCAGAGUGAUAAGUCCUUUAGUUAAGAGUUCAAGAGUA